AUUUCGUAGUGUUGGAAAAAAAAAAUUUCACAAUUAAGAGAGGCACGGGUAUGCAAUUUUUGGAAGAUCGAUAAACUACGAAAUUUGGUUCGGAAAACAAAGAUGGCGCACCCAAGGGCACGAGAAUAGUCCUUAGUGGCGGGAAAAGGCUGUUUUGUCCGAAUUGGGAUUUCAGCUGAGUUGUCGCUGGAGAUAGCAAUAAAAUUCAGCAACUAGAGUGGAGACUAUAAUUUGAAUGCUGGUAUUGGAGGUACAAUUUAAUAGAAAGAAAUGGACUUUAGUGGUUGUGAUGUUGAGCAAUGGAGAAAAGCGCUGUCCGAUUAUGCCCUUCACAUAAACAGUAAGCUUGCAGAGUUGGAUAAGUUCUACACGCAGGCUCUUCCUCCUAUAUUACAAGCUCGAAACCCUACUUCCUACAUUACCAAAGAAGAGCUCAAAAAGAUCAUGGAAUGGAAACUAAGUAGAGGCAAAUGGAGGCCGAGGCUUUUGAGCUUUGUUUCUGCAGCGGAUGAAGAGGAAGUGAAAAAAGCAUCACAAAAGGCCUUUGCAGCGCUUCCUGAUUUGAAAGAGGCAGUGACUGCGAUGUGUGUUGUCAAAGGAGUGGGCCCCGCCACUGCUUCUGCCGUUCUCGCUGCAUAUGCGCCCCAAAUUGCACCCUUCAUGUCCGACGAGGCCAUGCUGGCAGCUCACGGCAGUUCAAAUGACUAUUCCUUAAAAAGAUAUCUUGCCUUUGCAGAGAAGCUUCAAAACAAAGCCAAGGAACUAAACAUUAAAGCGGGUUUUGCUAUGGAAGGUGAUAAUGGAUCUUUUACACCAUCAGAUAUUGAGCGGGCCCUUUGGAGUGCAGCCAUGGGUGUCAAAGAAAAGGUAGAUGCAUCAGAUAGCAAAGAAAUAAAAGGUUCAAAGGAAAGUGAUGGGCAAAGUAAAAGAAAAAAAUCCCGAAGACAAUAUCAUUGAUUUCCUUGAAUACAAACAAGGAAAGGAACUUGAGAUUUUUUUAUGUUCCCAAUGCCAGAUUUUUUGAUAAAUUGAAUUCAAAAAGUUGAAUACUCUUUUAACAUUCCCUAUUUAACUAGUAAUCUUGCAACAAUUUCCAAAAUGAUGAAUAUGUAAAAACACGAAAGAAAAUUUGUAGAAGUACCAGUGUAAGGGCUAUAUAGCUUAUGACACCACCUACAUGUGGAGAAGGAAGAUUAUUGUCAAAUGUUAUGCAAGUUAAUUUUUGUGUAUACGCAGUCAAACAUUACAUAUGUGAUAUUGAUGUUAAUGAAAUUCAUUUGUUCUAUAGAAUUCUAAUUUCCAUUUGUCCUUGGA